UAUGUAAUAUAAACGUAUACAUGUUGAACCAGCCCACUGUGUUGAAAUAGGAAGUACAUUUAUAAGGAAGUGAAGGAAGAAACGGACAAUAUCGGAAGAAGAAAAAUGUUUCUAAGCUGAGUGAGUUUUGACUUACAUCUAAUAUGAGUCUCUCUGGUGAGAGAGAGGAGGAGGCCACUGCCUCUAAAAUGAGUCUCUCUGGGGAGAGAGAGGAGGAGACCACUGCCUCUAAAAUGAGUCUCUCUGGGGAGAGAGAGGAGGAGACCACUGCCUCUAAAAUGAGUCUCUCUGGGGAGAGAGAGGAGGAGAACACUGCCUCUAAAAUUAGUCUCUCUGGGGAGAGAGAGGAGGAGAACACUGCCUCUAAAAUUAGUCUCUCUGGGGAGGGAGAGGAGCGGACCACUGCCUCCAAAAUGAGUCUCUCUGGGGAGAGAGAGGAGGGGACUACUGCCUCUAAAAUGAGUCUCUCUGGGGAGAGAGAGGAGGAGACCACUGCCUCUAAAAUGAGUCUCUUUGGGGAGAGAGAGGACGGGACCACUGACUCUAAAAUGACUCAAGACACCAGUUCAAAGUGUGUCCAGAAGCCCAGAGCAGAGUCACCUACAACCAGCCUGCUAUCAAUGAGGAGUGAUCAGCCACCUGCUUUCAGCCAGAAACCAUUACCAGAUGACAAUAAGGAAGUGGAGAGUUUGGACAGUGAGGAUGUAUUAAAGAUCACACACAACCUUCUGGACAGAAGAAGUCAAACUCUGCUGACAGUCCAACAAGACUUUAAGGCAAAACUGAAACACAAGUAUCAACACAUAUCUGAAGGAAUUGGACACCAUGGAAACCAAAGUUUGUUCAAGGACAUCUACACAGAGCUCUACAUCACAGAGGGUGGAAGUGGAGGGCUCAAUAAUGAACAUGAGGUUAGACAGAUCGAGAUGGCAUCCAAGAUACACACCACACAAGAGACACCAAUCAAAUGCAACGACAUCUUCAAGCCUUUACCUGGACAAGACAAACCUAUCAGAACUGUGCUGACCAAAGGAAUCGCUGGUGUUGGAAAAACAGUCUCUGUGCAGAAGGUCAUCCUUGAUUGGGCAGAAGGAAAAGCAAAUCAGGACGUUCAUUUCAUGCUUCCUCUUCCUUUCCGUGAUCUAAACCUGAAAAAGGACCAAUACAGUCUGAUGCAACUUCUUUCCCACUACUUCCCAGAGCUUAAAGAAAUUGACAGCAUUGAAGAUGCUGAAACCAAAACUGUUUUCAUUUUUGAUGGUCUGGAUGAGUGUCGACUUCCUCUAGACUUCAAAAACAAUGAGAAGUGCUGUGAUGUCACGAAGCCAACCUCAGUGGACGUGCUGCUGACAAACCUCAUCAAGGGGAAUCUGCUUCCCUCUGCUCUCCUCUGGAUAACCUCACGGCCUGCAGCAGCCAAUCAGAUCCCUCCUGAGUGUGUUGACCAGGUUACAGAGGUACGAGGGUUCAAUGAUCCACAGAAGGAGGAGUAUUUCAGGAAGAAAAUCACAGAUCAGAACCUGGCCAAUGAAAUCAUCAAACACAUGAAGACAUCAAGGAGCCUCCACAUCAUGUGCCACAUGCCAGUCUUCUGUUGGAUAUCAGCCACUGUCCUUGAGAUGAUGCUGAAAGAGGCAGAGAAGGAUGAAGUCCCCAAAACUCUGACCCAGAUGUACUCACACUUCAUACACAUCCAAAUCAUUGUGAAGAACAAGAAGUACAACAAAGCCACAGAGACGAACCCAAAGGAACUGUCUCAGUCAGACAAAGAGAUGAUCCUGAAACUGGCCAAGCUGGCUUUCCAACAGCUGCAGAAGGGCAACCUGAUCUUCUAUGAGGAGGACCUGAGAGAGUGUGGCCUUGAUGUCACAGAGGCAUCAGAGUACUCAGCAUUGUGUACAGAGAUCUUUAAAGAGGAAUCUGGGCUGUACCAAGACAAGGUCUACAGCUUUCUGCAUCUGAGCAUUCAGGAGUUUCUAGCAGCAGUGCAUGCUUUAGAAUCUUGUCUGGACAAGAAGGAAAAUGUUUUCUCCCCCACUAGUGAUGAUGAAAAGAAAGAGUCAAUCCAGUUGUCUGACUUACACAGGAGAGCAGUGGACCAGGCCUUGAAGAGUGAGAAUGGACACCUGGACCUGUUCCUCCGCUUCCUUCUGGGUCUCUCACUGGAGUCCAAUCAGAAUCUGUUACGAGGCCUUCUGACACAGACAGGAAGGACAACACAGACCAAUGCAGUUGAGAGAACAGCCAGGUACCUUUCAAACAAGAUCAAGAAGGAAUCCUCACCAGAAAGGAUCAUCAACUUGUUCCACUGUCUGAAUGAACUUGGUGCCAACUCUCUAGUUGAAGACAUGCAGACCUCCCUGCGAUCAGGAACUCUUUCAGAAACAAGACUAGAACCUGACCAAUGUUCAGCCCUGGCCUACCUGUUACUGAUGUCAGAGGAGGUGCUGGAGGAGUUUGACCUGAAGACAUACAACACGUCAAAGGAAGGUUAUCAGAGGUUGCUGCCUGUAGUGAGAACCUGCAAGAGAGCACUGUAA